AAGUUUUCAUCAGUUUAAAGUUGAACAGCUGUGAAGAAAAUUCGGUUUUUAAGUCUUAAUUUGUGAAGAUGAUUUUAAAAAUUUCAACCGUCCUGUUUCUAGCAAGCUUAAGCCUUGCGCAGAACCCUUUGUUGUACUGUAAUUUGGCAAUCAUUGAUGAAAGAUGCACCUGUAAUUUUGUGAUCUAUAAUCCGGCUGGAUUCAAUAAUUUGACAAUGGCUGCAAACCCAGUGACUAACUGUACAUUAGAUGAUGUUGUGGAUGCAACUGGAAGUGGAUUGACUAAAAAUAUUCCAUCAGUUUUGUGCGAUGAGUUUUCGAAAUUGGAGAAUCUGAGAUUGAACAGAUUAGCAAUCGAAAAUAUUAACGGAAAUCCGUUUAAACAUUGCAUUAAUCUAAAAAGAUUAUAUUUAAGUGGAAAUGCGUUGACGGCAAUUCCUGCUUAUACUUUUUCAAAUACUAUUCUUGAAAUAUUAGAGUUGGAUAGCAAUAAACUUUCAAGUAUAAAUUCACUUACUUUUGAUAGUCUUUCUCAACUAGAGAUGCUUAAUUUGACUAAUAAUCCAACUCCUGUGACAGCAGCUGACGUUUUUGAUUCUCUAGAAAAUCUAAAGUUUCUUCAUUUAAGUCAUUGUAAUAUAAAUAUUUUAGAUCCAAUUUGGUUCUCAAAACUGUUCAAUUUAGUUGGAUUAAACUUAUCCACAAAUAAUAUUGAUGUAGUUUUUAAUUCUACAUUUAACAAUCUGCUCAAACUAGAAUGGCUUGACUUAUCUGGUAACAAAGUGGAAACUUAUCCAUCAAAUAUGGUUCACAACAAUACUAACCUACUGAAACUUAAUUUAAAUGGAAAUUCUUUUAGAAUUUUUGAUUCAAACUUUUUCGUCAGUCAAUCGAAAUUAACUGAAUUAAUAUUAUCAAAUAAUCCAACCAUCAAUAUCACAGCUGAGUUAUUAGAACCUUUAACAUCACUUCAGGUUAUUGGUUUAAGUUCAUGUGGACUCAGUAAAGUCGAAAGUAGUUGGUUUGAGUCAAUGAAAGAUUUAAUCGCUCUUGAUUUAAGUGGCAAUAAAAUAAAUGUUAUUCCUGAAAAAACAUUCAGUGCUGCCAAUGAUAUUGAGUCUAUAAACCUUGCGUAUAACAGCAUAGAAACACUAAACUCAAGAUCAUUUGGAUCUUUGACAAAAUUACGGAGUCUUACUUUGAACAACAAUACCAUUAAAGAAAUUGAUCAUCAUUUUGUAAGUCAACCAACUGAUCUUAUGACUGUUAAUUUUGAGUAUAACAGCUGUUCGAGCUACAAGACAGACAAUUUUAAUUUCAACAGAACAUCAUAUAUGGGAGCUAUGAGAAGUUGCUUUGAUAAUUUUGAUAUUAAACCAAUAGAUAUUAAAACAACAAAUUCAUCAAUCUACAACUGGUACAGCAUCCGAUCUAGCGAUGGUUGGGACGCUCUGAAGAUUUUUGUAAAAGCAGACGAGAAUGUUCACAUUGCACUGACCGAUUCACUGAACAAAGAAACCCCAAGAAUUGAAAUUCAAAUUGGUCAAAAUAGAAAUCGAUUCUCGUUUAUUUUUGAAGACGGUCAAGAAGAAUUUGAAGAAUAUAAACGCUACAGACUAAAUUCAACAAUUGGUUCAACUUUCGUUAUCGGAUGGAGAUUCGAUGUUAUUAUGGUGUUUAAGGAAGGUGAUCAAUUUCCAUUUAUGGCACACACAAAGAAGAAAGGCACACCAGCUUUUAAUUUCUUUGGGAUAAGAACUCCAUUUGAGGAUGAUCCCGAUUCAAUUGCAUCAUGGAUAGUCUCUCGCAUACAGCCAAUCGCUAACGUUUAAUAUUUUAUCAGGAAUAUGAAAAAUAAAGUUAAAAUAUAUUUGUAAUAAUUUUGAAUAAAGAUUUUU